GAGAGAGUAAUGUCAGCUGAGUUUAGAAAGUAAACAGAGGCCCAGACUGCAGAAUGCUGUCUGCAGGACAACAGCUGGGGGAAACCCACGGGAGCACUCGGACAAACCGAUGGACCAACACCUUUAUGUCCAGAGGAGAGGGCUGGCUCCUCUCUGUCUCCCUUAUUUUCAUCUCUUUACCCUUGGGGACAGCGUGGCCUUAUGAUUACAGGUACUUGUACAACCACUGCCCAGGUCCAGAGUGGAGUGUUAUGUGCAGAGGCUGCUGUGAGUACGAUGUAAUCCGCUGUAAGUGUCCUCUCCAGGGGACUCAAGUUGGCUACGCUGUGCCCUGCUGCCGCAAUGCCAUCAACGAGUGUGACCCCUGCAUCAUCCAUCCAGGCUGCAGCAUUUUUGAGAACUGUAAGCGUUGUAACAAUGGCACAUGGGGGCCCCAGGAUGACUUCUUUAUUAACAACAACUACUGUGCUGAGUGUCGCCCUGGCUGGUCUGGAGGGGAUUGCAAGAAGUGUGGGGGUGUUAUCCGUAAACAGCAAGGCCAUUUGGUUCUCGAGAGCUAUCCCAACAAUGCAAGGUGUGAGUGGACCAUAGAAGUGGAAAGGCCUUUUACUAUUGAACUCAGGUUUAUGAUGAUCAGUCUGGAAUUUCAUCCUUCCUGUCGUUAUGACUUUGUGGAGGUCCGUGAUGGAGACAGCAUCAACUCUCGUGUCAUCGGUAGAUUCUGCGGGAACAACCGACCGGCCCCACUUCAGAGCUCUGGCAACACUUUGCACAUUCUGUUUGUUUCUGAUGGUUAUAAGAAUUUUGAUGGAUUAUUCGCCACUUUCCAGGAAAGCUCGGCUUGCAGCUCAUCCCCUUGCCUACAUGAUGGGACUUGUAUCCUGGACACUUCUUACACUUACCACUGUGCCUGUCUAGCUGGCUACACAGGGAAGAGGUGUGAAAACAUGGUGGGAUGCCACAGGCCUCCAGUGCCCAAACAUGGUUCAACAGAGGGGCUGUUUCUUCACUCUGGUGCUAGAGUCACUUACCAUUGUGACCCGGGGUAUAAACUACGGGGGUUUCGUACUGCCAUCUGCCUAAAUGAUGGUACCUGGAGUGCACCUGCACCUGAAUGUGUGGAAAGAGUCUGUACUUUACCACCCAAGCCAGUAAAUGGUGACCACUUGUUGGUUUAUGGACCCAAUGAUGUCCUCAUUGCUCUUCAGUAUAUGUGCAACCAGCCCUAUGAACUCAUUGGGAUCUCCCAGAGAACCUGCCUCCCUAAUGACACCUGGAGUGGAACUCCUCCUGUUUGCUCUAAAGUAAAUAACACUUUAACUGAAAAAGAUAAAAAUAAAGUGCAAGAGGCAGACACAGGUGAAGGAAUAGAUACAGAGAGUGACAAACAUAUCAGUAAAACUAAAGAGAUACCUCAACAAAACACAACGGAAAAAGGAAAUGCUGGUUGGGAAGAUAUAUACUCUGGGGGAGAGAACACAUCAGUGGACACAAAAAAUAAUUACACUGGAACGAUUCCAGAAAAUACUGUGGACAAAGGUAAGGAUGAAGAGGAUUUAGAGGAAACAAGCACUGGGUCAGAGAAGCCCAACAGAGACAGAAAAAAUGAAGUGGAUACUAAAAGCACAGACAACAGAGUUAACACAGUUGAAGAAAAAGAUCCAGAGUCACCGAAACCUCCUAAGAAAAAGGAAGACAGUUCAGACCCUGAACUAGAGAAAGGGAAGAUAAACACCACGGAAAUACUGGUGAGAAAAGACAAAGGGCAAGAAGAGACGGAACGGAAAGAGGAGCAAGUUAACGGAAAGAAAGAUUCUGAUAAAUUUGGCCCAAAUGACACAAAAUUCAGGACAAUUGUAUCAGAGGGUGACACCACCAUGAAAAUAUUUGAGCCGGAUAGGACCAAAAACAGCACAAGCACUCAGGAUUCAAAGGAAGCAAAGAAAGAAAAUAACACCACUGGAUCCCCGACAGUGAGGAAAAUUGAUCCCUCUCGAGUUAAUGUGACGCAGUACACUUUGUACAGAGCAAAUGAGGAAAAUAGGAAAAUGAAAGAAAAAUCUGAUAAAACCAAGGACGAGACCGGUAAAGACUCCAUAGAAAAAACUAAGGAGUUGGAAAGAAAGAGGGAAGAAAACAAAAAAGACAAAGAAAUCAAUCAGAGUCUUAAAGAAAAUCGGUGUCCAUCUCUGCCUCGCUUGCUCAAUGGCUACCACCAGAUGGUGCCAGAGUUGGAACUGGAGGCUGUAGAGUUCAUGUGCAACCACUCUUAUGCUCUCACUGGCGAUAAAAGGCGAACCUGUCAGCCAGACGGUACCUGGAGUGGCAAACAACCGCUCUGUUUAAGAGCAUGUCGAGAGCCUAAAGUAUCAGAACUGGUCAAACAAAAUGUUCUGCCACCACAAGCACCAUCCAGGAAGACGAUUGUGCACAGGCUCCUUUCCUCUGCAGUUAACCAGCAGCUCCAGUCUGUUGGGCCCACUAAAGGUUCCCCAGUGCUUCCCCAGUUGUCCGAGGGCUUCCACCAUCUAUACACCCAUAUCGAGUAUGAGUGUGCUUCUCAGUACUACCAUCACUUUGGCAGCGCUCGGCGCACAUGCUUGAAGACAGGGAAAUGGAGCGGACGUCACGUCUCAUGUUCACCAGUCUGUGGGAAACAUGUAAACUUUGACCCGGAGAGGUCGGAAGAGGCUCACUGGCCCUGGCUGGUGGCCAUCUACCGCCGCUCCCGCAAGGGGAUGGAGACCAAGGUGAUGAAGGCAAACAGCCAGGAGGAACCCCUGAAGAAGGAUGACGGAGGUAGAAGUAGCAGCUUAGAUCAGAACUCUGACUGGCAGCUGGUCUGCAGUGGGGCUCUGGUUAACCAAAGGAGUCUGGUGGUUGCAGCUCACUGUGUGACAGAGCUAGGCAAGGUAUAUCCUGUGGAUACAGCCACCAUCAAGGUGGUGGUGGGGAAGCACUAUCGCAAUGACCAAAGGGAAAGUAAAGGUCCUCAACACCUCAGGGUGGGCUCCAUUGUUGUGCAUCCAAACUACGACCCAUAUAUUCUUGACUCCGACAUUGCUGUUAUCAAGUUACUAGACAAGGCAAGGAUUGGAGAAAAAGUCCUGCCGCUCUGCCUGUCAGAGAACCAGGAGGAAGAGGUUACAUCUGGUCAGGGGGUUGUGACAGGCUGGUCUCCCCUGCAGGAUUCCAGUUUGGGCCUCGACGAAAAGGCAAGGGUUGGGCUGGUUCACCUUGCUGAUAUAGUCCCAUGUGAGCAGCAGUAUGCUCGUAGCGGUGUGCCAAUCAGUGUUACAGACAAUAUGCUUUGUGCCAGCCAAAAACCUGACUAUGGACCAUCUAACAUAUGUCCGUCUGACACUGGGGGUAUCCUUCUCCUUCCUGCCAGCUCUGGGAACCAAGUCAGCUAUAACUCAAAGCAUUCUCAGGUGCAAGGGCACAACAAAGGCUCAUGGAGUCUCCUGGGACUGGUGAGCUUUGGCUAUGAUCAGGGGGAGUGUGAUCCUGAACUCUACACUGUUUACACACGUGUAGCUAACUUUAAAGACUGGAUUGAGAGCAGCAUGAAAUGAAGACCCAACUGAUUUUCAAUUUCUUGGUGUCAAAUUAUUCAUUCUGUCCAAUGUCUAAUGCAAAAGGGCAUUUUUUAAAUAAAUGCAGAUGCAACACUGGACAAUAUAAUGCUUUAGCUGUGUUAAGCAGUUACCUCUUCGUCUGAAUAACUCGAAAUUUAGGUCCCUCAGCCUAACAUUAAAGACUUGAAAAUGACCAGAAAGCAACUCAGCUGAACAUUCUAGCUGAUAAUGAUUUGGAUGUACUCCCGUUUAUUAUUUCAGUGUUCUGAAUAACAUCAGUUCUAAUAAUGCAAAAGAUGUACAUAAUGUAUUAAAAGACAUAAUGUUAAAUGUUACAUUUUUUUAAUAAAGAACAGAACGUGUUAAAAGUUA